AUGAGUGUCAAACGAUCUCUACUUGUAAGCGAUCAACAGCAUAGUAAUAACAAUGUAAAUGGUAAUGAUAACAGUUUAAUCAGUCCUCCUGAGUCACCUUUACCAAAAAUUGCUCGAACAGCAAAUAAUUCUGAGGACGAUAAUUAUGAAAAUGAACAAUUAAAUGGAAUUGAAUCCGAAAGUGAACAAGGGGAUGAAUGCUCUGAUGAAUCGAUUGAAAAUAUUAGCGUAGAUGACAUUUAUCGUUAUCAGGGUUUGUUAAAAUAUUAUUUUCGAGUGCCAACUCGUCCAACUAACGAUUUAACAAGUGUAGGAACAAUAAUUCGGACGUUUACAUGGACUCUACUCGUACAUUAUAAACCAGACUAUGAACCCUACGUAAGUGGUAGCAGGGAUUUAGGAUUAUUUUUAAAAUGUGAACCAGAAAAACAAUCGCCUGGAUGGUCUAUUUAUGCUAAUGCCGACUUAACAUUGUUACAUGCAACAGAUCCAAAAAAAAAUUUUGUUCGAUAUAAUACAAUUCGUAUCGAAGCAAACAUUCGUGCUGAUGCUCCAAGAAAUGUCGAAUGGGAUUCUAAAGGUCAUACUAAUUUUGUUGGGUUAAGAAAUCAAGGCGCAACGUGUUACAUGAAUUCAUUUUUACAAACAAUUUAUUUUACAAAUAAACUAAGAAGAGCUGUUUAUGUUUUACCAACCGAUAGUGAUGAUUUAUCUCACAGCAUUCCUCUAGCACUACAAAAACUAUUUUAUGAUCUACAAUUCACUGUUCAUUCAGUGAGCACAAAAAAGCUAACAAAAUCAUUCGGAUGGGACAAACCAGAUGAAUUCAUGCAACAUGAUAUACAAGAAUUUUGUCGAGUGUUACUUGAUAGACUUGAAUCAAAAAUGGAAGGAACAACAGUCGAAGGAGUUAUUCCGUCACUAUUUCAAGGACAAUAUGUGCAAUAUGUUCGUUGUACAAAGGUUGACCACGAAUCAAGUAUGAAACAAUUGUUUUAUGAUGUGCCAUUACAAGUGAGAAAUAAUGCAAAUAUCUACGAAUCAUUUCGUGAUUUUUGUAAAUGCGAAAUAUUAACAGGUGAUAAUAUGUAUGAUGCUGGACAGUACGGCUUACAAGAAGCGGAAAAAGGUGUUAAAUUUCAAAAGUUUCCACCUGUUCUGUGUUUACAUUUAUUACGUUUUGAAUUUGAUUUUAACUCAUCACAACAUCGAAAAAUCAAUGAUAGGCAAGAUAAAUGUAUUUGUUCGUGUGUUUAUACGUUUUAUAGUGAUUUGGAUCUCAGUGAAUUUUUAGAAAAACCUGAUUGUUGUCCUUGUAAAUAUAAAUUAAUGUCAGUUCUUGUACAUAGUGGCGAUAAUAGUAGUGGACAUUAUGUUGCAUUUAUUAGUCCAGAAUUAAAUGGAGAAUGGUUUAAAUUUGACGAUGAGGUUGUAUCUCGUUGUGCACCAACUGAUGCUCUCGAUCGUAAUUUUGGUGGUAUUAAUGAUGAGGAUGGAUCGAUUACAUAUAAUACAAGUGCUUAUAUGUUAGUGUAUAUUAGAGAAGAUUGUCGUGACGAUGUAUUAUCCGAUAUCAACAUGUCAGUUUUACCAGAACAUUUAAUUUCUCGCAUUGAAUAUGACAAAAAAAUUGCAAUUAAAAGAAGACAAGAGAUUAAUGAGGGAAUCUGGGAUGUACAAAUUAUACUAGAAGAUGAUUAUUAUCGACAUGAAUUAUUUGAUUUAUGGAAUAUUAAUGAAAGAUCAGAUUCAACAUGUAUCUUAGACUCAAAUCAGCCUAAACGUAUUCGUUAUGUUCAAGCAAGACGUUCAGAAACAUUUCGACAAUUUGUUCAACGUUUAUCCGACUCUCUAGUAGUUGAUAUAUUAUGUGAUAAUUUAUUUGAACACAAUGUUGUACCAACGAUAUUUGUUGAACAAAAAGUAUUUCUUAAUGGUGUUUAUAAAUUGAUGCCAUUUAACAAAAAAGAUGAUAUACUUGCAUUCAUUAAAUUAUAUGAUCCAAAGAGUGAAUCACUAACAUAUAUUGGUCACUUUUUAUUUUCUAUACAAAAUACGUUAAAUCAAUGUAUGUACGAAAUAUCCAUUCGUUUAAAAUUUCCUAAAGAUACAACGUAUUUUAUCUAUGAAGAAUUACAAACUGUCAAUUGUAAUCAAUUCACAUUAAUUAAAGAAUCAUCCUAUGAUUUUCCAUUUGGACAAGCUUGUCAUCAACCUUGGCACGGUGCCUAUUUGACUGUACAAGUAAACGAUUCAAAAUUACAAUACUAUCCAUUACCUCGUCUAGAUGAUUAUUUAAAAAGUUUAGAAAAUCGUCAAAAAUUUUCUAUUAUAAAUCGUGAUAAUCCUCGAAAUGAAAUUUUAUUCGAAUUGUUUUUACCAUCUAAAACGUUGAUUAAAGAUUUAAUACAGUUGAUUGCCGAACGGAUUGAAUAUGAUAAAGAAAAAUUAGUUAUAUUUAGACCAACAAUUCAACCUAAUCUAUUAGGUUUAAAAGAGUAUACUCAUUUAUCACAUAUGGGUACUGAUAAUACGUUAAAAGAUUUAUGGACAAAUAAUCGAAUGGUUGGUCAAAAGAAAAUAUUUUUUAAACGAUUGCCAUUUCAUUAUUCAGAAAUUGAUCAUCGACGACCAUUGCGAUGUUUCGUUAAUGAUACAUUGAAAAAAGAUGAACAACGUGAAAUCGUAUUAUUUGGAAAAAAGGCAUCAACAGUGGGUGAAUUUCUUGAAGAAGUCAAAUAUUGGAUACCAGCAAUAUGUUCAGAUAAAGGAACAAAACAAUUGAGGCUUAUUGAAGUAACUCAGCCAGCUAUAUCAAGUUUAUCCUAUAUAAAAGUCCAUCCACAUAGUCAAAUGAUAGAAGAUUUAGAUAUAAAUGGAAUAUAUCGUGUAGAAGAAAUUCCAUAUGAUGAGUUAGAUUUGGACAAAGAUACUAUACUAAUACAAGUGGCACAUUAUACAAAAGAUAAUUCAAACACGUUCUCAAUUAAUUUACAGCCAUUGUUUCCUUUUUUAUUGAAAGUUAUUAACAAUGAGUCUUAUAGCGAUGUAAAACGACGUCUUCAAAUUAAAAUGGGUAUAUCCAAUAGAGAAUUCGAAAAGGUAUUGUACAAUUUUGAAUACUUGGAGCUAAAGUGGCAUACUCUUCCUUGUAUAAUAUCAUUUUCAGUGAAUAAAGAAAAGAUUAUAUUUUUGAUUUUAACAGAGAGUAUUGGAAAACUUAUUAAUACAGGGUGUUACAUAACCUUUUUCUCCCCCCCUACACGACCUAAAGGACAGAUAAUAUCAGAAAGUAUUUAUACCAGGUUAAAGCCCAUCAAAAACUAGAUUUAUGAGUGUAAUUGAUAUUCCGUA